AUGCCAUUAAUAGCCUACGCGAAAAUGUUGCAUGCUGCCCAGACGAAAUCCCAGCCGCUGCCCAAGAUCUCAACCGUUGAUGCACUUCUUUACCUAUUAAAUAACUUGACAAAGAACCUAAAUACACAACCACCAGUAGACACCAUCUUGGUCGCAUUUGAUUUAGAAAAAGCCUUUGAUAAGGUCUCGUUUCAAAUUAUUCUAUCGCGUUUAGCGCUGUUAGGCUUGUCAUCGAAUGUGCUAAAAUGGUUUACUAGUUAUUUAACUAACCGCUUCCAGCAAGUACGUGUUGGCGCUGCUUUAUCUACGCCUACGCCAGUGCUCUCCGGGGUAGUACAAGGUUCAGUUCUUGGCGCCUUACUUUUCCUUAUUUUCAUAAAUGAACUACCAACUGUAGUCCAAUUACCAGCAGACAGCAUACUUUUUGCUGAUGACUGUACACUCUACUGUCCAAUGGCCUCGUCUGAUACGCCAGCUGUAUGUCAAGAGAAUAUUGAGAAAAUAUGUAACUGGUGUACCUCAAAUCUGAUGUCUCUAAACGCAAAUAAAUGUGCCUGGAUGUUUGUCUCUAAUAUACCAAGUAGAGCUAAUAAUUUACAGUUCACAUUGAGUGAAAGUACAACCAUAACACAUCAACCUUCCGUUAUACUCUUAGGCCUUAAAGUCAGUUCUAAUCUGAGAUGGCGCGAACAUAUUGAAGACGUUGUACUAAAUUGUAGAAAACGACUAGGUGCUAUGUACAGACAAUUUAAAGAUGCACCCUCUUCAAUUCGUCUACAAAUUUAUAAAACCUGCAUAUUAGCCAAAUUAGAUUACGCUUGUGCUCUGUACGACAAUAACUUUGCUAAUUUGGAAAGUCAACUUGAAUCAGUUCAAAAAUUAGCGGCUCACAUGAUCACACGUGAUUUUCAUACACCAGGAAAAGUCCUUGUCGAAAAACUAAAACUACCUUUACUCUCCGUGCGAAGGAAGUAUUUCCGACUAAUGUAUUUUUUUAAAGUCCUUAACGGCUUAUCACCCUUAUCUCGCUUCAAUCUUAUACAGUUUGAUGUGAGUAGAAGAUCCGAUCGUCUACUACAGCAUAACAGACAAGUCUUUAUCCCGUUUGCGCGCACUGACACUGUUCAGUGCCAGUUGUGUAGUUGUGCCAGUAUACUAAAGUUUACUCUUUUUUUUUCAAAACUGCUGUUGUCGAAAUAAAAACAAACAAACAAACCUUCGUCUGUUCACUUUUCACAAGGAUGCUUUCGAAAAAUCGAAAGUGGCUGAAUGCUUUAUUCUGCAGAAUAACAACUAGUUUGUUUCUCUCAAGAAAUCAAUUACUUGUUUUCAACGAUGUCAAAAAUCUAAUGGCUUUCUUUGCAUAAGAAAGCCAUUAGAUUUUUCUGAACAACAAAAAGCUGUUGAAGUGUCGACGAGCUCUCCUAAUCUUUGAAAACAUGUAAUGGAUUUCUUGAGAGAAACAAACUGGUUGUUAUUCUGCAGAAUAAAGCAUUCAGCCACUUUCGAUUUUUCGAUUUUUCUAAAGCAUCCUUGUGAAAAGUGAACAGACGAAGGUAAGUAUUGAAAACAUGUUAGAGCUUACAUAGCUAUAAUAAUUUUGCGCAUAAUAAUGUCGUUGGUCUCCAUCUUACACCGAUGAUCGUCAUUGAAUGCCCAAUGUAGAGCUGAAUAAAGUGUGCACCGUUAGCCGGACCAAGAACUUCAAGUCAAAAACUAUCCUAAUCGGUUGUCCAUCUUUUAUUCUACCUUUAAUACAAAUUUCAGCUUCAACGGUUCAAACUUCGUGACAUCAGGAUCCGAACAUGUUGACAAUUAGUAUAACAACCGCCCAAGUACCGAAUACCCGUACCCACUAUUCUCCUUCUACAGAUACUGAGUGCAAGCGUCCCUGUCGCACCCCACCACUCCCAUCUCACAACACUGACAUUGAGACGUUGGUUACAAUACGAGCUGGGUGCAAGGACGUUUUCAUAAUUCACAUAACUCCCACAUUUCUCAAAAAUUCUCAUAAUUCUCAUAAUCCUCAACAUUCUCCUAACUCUCAACAUUCUCAGAUUCCUCGAGAAUCUCAUAAAUUCACAUAACUCUUCACAUUCUCAUAAUCCUAGGCAUUCUCAACACUCUCAUAAUUCUCAUAAUCUUCGACACUCUGCUAAUUGUAAUAUUACUCCGCAUUCUCUACACUGUCAUAAUUCUUAUAAUUCUCAGCAUCCUGACAAUUCUAAACAUUUCCAUCUCAAUAAUCGGCAUUCUCAUAACUCUCACAACUAUCGGCAUUCGCAAAAUUCUCACUAUUCUCUUGAUUAUAAACACUCGGAAAAUUAUCACGAUGCUCAUAAUUUUGACGUUCCCAACAGGCUCAUAUUUAUCAAAAUUCUCGAAAUUCUACUAAUUCUCCACACUCUCAUAACUCUCAUAAUCCACACAAUAAGCAUAAUUAUGGUAAUUCUCAUAAUCCUCGACACUGCGAUAAUUCUCAAAUUUCCGACAUUUCUGAAAAGUCUAAUAUUUCCGGCAUGUCAUAGUUUCUAUAAUUCUCAUAAUUCACACACUUCGCAAAACUCGCAUAAUUCCGACAUUCCGAACACGCUGAUAAUUCUCAAAAUUCUCGAAAUUCGCAUAAUUCUAAUAUACAUAAUUAUCUUAAUUCUCAUUCCAACACUCUUAUAGUUCGCGACAUUCUCAACAUUCUCUUAGUUCUCCAAAUUCUCAGAAUUCUGACAAUUUUGAACAUUUUCAUAAUUGUCACUGUUGGCAUUCUGGCAACCAUCGUACUAAUUCUGAGAAUUCUCAACAAGCUAGUAAUCUUCAAAAUGCUCAAAUUUAUAAUAAUUCACAUGAUUCUCAACGCUCUCAUAAUCCUCGACACUCUGCCAAUUCUUAGAAUUCUCAGCAUUCUGCUGAUUCUAAUAAUUCUGCGCAUUCUCUACACUGUCAUAACUCUCAUAAUUCUGCUAAACCUCAGCACCCUUAUCUCAACAUUCUCAUAGUCUUCAAAAUUCUCAGCCUUCUGAUAAUUUUGAACAUUCUCAUGAUUCUCAAUAUUCUGAUAAUUAGCAAAAUUCUAAUAACACUCAUAAUUCUCAUAGUUCCCGAAGUUCUCAUAAUCCUCAUCAUUGUCAUAAUUCUUAACAUUCUCAGAUUUCUCGAAAUUCGCAUAAAUUCACAUAACUCUUCACAUUCUCAUAAUCUUAGGCAUUCUCAACACUCAUAAUUCCGACAUUUGUCAAAAUUCUCAUAAAUCGCAUAAUCGUCGACAUUCUGUUAUUCUCAAAAUUCUCGUAAACCUCAGCACUCUUAUAGUUCGCGACAUUCUCAACAUGCUCGUAGUUCUCAAAAUUUUCAGCAUUCGGAUAGGUCUGAACAUUCUCAUAAUUCUCCAACCAUCGGCAUUCUCAACAUUCACAUUCGUCUCUUCAUUCUGAACACUCUGAACAUUCUCCUGAUUUUCAUAAAUUCACGUAAUUCUUUACAUUCUCAUAAUUCGCAACACUCUCACAAUUUUCAUAAUCCUCAGCACUUUGAUAAUUCUGCUUAUACCCAUAAUUGUCAUAUUUCUCAACAUCCUCGGCGUUGUUAUAGUUGUCAACACGCUCAUAUUUCUCAACAUUCUCAUAAUUUGUAGUAAUUAGGAUAACUUCACGCUGCGUAUUGUGCAUGGUGUAUUACGUAUGCAAGUGUGAUGUAAUAUGUGUUAGGAUGGUAUUUCGUUUCGUGCAUCCCGUUGCGGGUUGUAAUUUUCAUAAGUUGCGAAAUUUGUAAUUUGAAAAGGAGUGGUGUCAUAAGUCGCAUACAAUCCGUAUCGUCAUUUGUUGGCGAGCAUGGGUAUUUGGGGAAAAGCAAAGCCUAAAUCACUGCGAAAUAGUUUUAUUUUUAGUACCAAACGCUUCCUCAAUAAAUUCUAAGUCUGGUAGACUAUAGAACGAACAAAAUCAGGGAAGGCUGAAAAACUGUCCCUAUGCGCCCCUGUUCCUUGCUUAUAGCAACCCUGAUAAAAACACAUCUACCCUUACGAUGGUAGAUGAGAUUAGCACUUUUUCAGUAACCCUCCCUGUAAUAGAAGCCUCCGGGGCUUCUAAACUGUCCAAGGGUUCAAACUUUUUAGGGGGACUUCUGAUAGAUCCGACUAUUUUUCAAGGGUUUCAUGUACAAAAAUUUUGUAACAACUUUUAGGGUUUUCCAAAGCUUUUCGAAGGAGUUUCAAGGCGAUUUUCAGAUUCCGAUGCUGGUAUGUAAAAUUUAAACGAGGUUUUACCUUAAAAUUUGACAGUUUUACUUUAGAAAUACGAAUAAAACUUUCCGAAAAUUUCAAAAUUUUUCUCAAAUGAGGGGGCUUCCAAUACAUUUUUCGCAUCCACCUCUCCAAGGGGGGCUUCUAAUAAGAGCAUGAGUUUCUAAUAGGGGAAGACUUCUAUUAUGGGGGGGGGGGGGGGGUAGUGGAACAAAGCCCCGGGGGUCCGUUUAGGCGCACGAAUGCGACAAAAAACAAAAAAAGUGUCCGUGAAUGGGGGGC